UUUGUGAUCUAUGGCAUACAUAGGUCAUAAAGACAGCAUCCUUAUUUUUGGAAGUUAUUCCAAAGCAGAGAUUUUGAAACUUACCCUCAGUUCUUUGUAGCUUUGAGCUGGUCUGGUAUUUAUGGUAAAUGGAUCAGGCUUUUUCACUGGUUCCUUGUGAGAUCUCCAUAUCAUUCUAAUCCUUUUGAAUAAUCACUGAUUCUGGGAGCACUGCUAAUUGGUCAAUCUGAAAAUUUCUUUGUGGAAUAUUCAGUCUCUAUCUGUAUCUUCCCCUGUCAGUAGCAAAAUAAUUAUUCACUCGUAUUUGUAUGAGAAGCUAAUUCUUCAUUUCAGCUAACUUCCACGCAACAGAAUUAUGGAUGACAUGGACACAUUUCUGUUAAAAUUUAAAGGAUUUUAUUUUGGACGUGAGACACUUGAUGUCGACUUUUUAGAAAAUUUGGAUGAUUUUGAAGUCAGAGAUGAUGAUGUCUUCAUAAUUACAUACCCCAAAUCUGGAACCAUCUGGUCUCAACAGUUAUUAAGCUUGAUUUAUUUUGAGGAACACUGCAAAGGAACAGAUAAUGUGGAAACAAUUGAUCGAGCUCCUUUUCUUGAGUACAAUUUUCGAAAAAUGAAUUUUGAUGAAAGACCAUCACCUCGUUUAUUCUCUUCCCACCUCCCCUACUAUUUGGUUCCCAGAGGACUGAAGAACAAAAAAGCCAAAAUUAUUUAUGUAUACAGAAACCCCAAGGAUGUUAUGUGCUCCUAUUUUCAUUUUUCAAACAUGUUGUCAACUUUUAAAUCUACAGCCACAUUUGAGGAAUUCAUGAAACUAUUUCUAGAGGGAAAAGUGUUAGGAAGUCUUUGGUUUGAUCAUAUCAAAGGUUGGUAUGAGCACAAGAAUUAUUUUAAUAUUCAUUUCAUGAUGUAUGAGGAGAUGAAGAAGGAUCUCAAAAGUUCUGUGAAAAAAAUCUGCAAAUUUCUGGGGAAAGAACUGAGUGAGGAAGCUGUGGACACUGUUGUGAGACAGGCCACAUUUCAGAACAUGAAGAAUGACCCACUAGCAAAUUAUGAAAAUGUAUUGAAUGAAAAUCCUGACUUUAAAAGAACUGCAGGCCGCUUCCUCCGCAAAGGCACUGUUGGAGACUGGAAAACCCACAUGACUGUGGAACAGAAUGAAAGGUUUGACAAGAUUUUCCAAAAGAAAAUGAAAGAUUUUCCCUUGGAGUUCGUCUGGGAGACAAAUGAAGAAUAGAAUUCUAAACUUAGCACACACAAAAAAAAUACUAUGAAAGCACUUUCAGAAGCAUAUACUUUUCUUAUACACUUUCAUCCUUGAUUAUCAUUGCAUCAUUAUUAGAAAACAUCAGUUAUUAAUAAAUAUUAAUGUAGCAGUCCUUAACAUCAUUUGCUAUCUGUGAUUUCUGAUUAAAUAGGAUUUUACUUAUUAUUCUGAGUCUUGAGCAAAAUGGGAGAUCAUCACAUGUGCAAUUUGCUAUGUUGAAAUGGAAGCCUUUUCAAUUUUUAAAAACUGCCCUUGUUUUUUGUUCAUGUAUAAUAUUUUAAUUUUUUUGCACAAUGAAAUAAUCAACUUUUCUUUUAAAGUUUUUAGAUUUUAUGUUUUACAUUGGUAUAUCAUUAACCCAAACAUUUUCAUAUUUCAUUUUUUUAAUCAGGAUAUUAUACUUCUGUUGUGAAAAUAUAGUGCUUUUCCAAAAAUAACAAAUCGAGGCAACAUCAUGUGUUGAAUAAUCUAUCACUUUAUUUCUGAUUAAAAUAGAUAUUAUCAUGUUCUAAGUAAUUGUAUUUAGAGUUGACUCAUGUAUAAUGAGAUAUUAUUCUACUGACUACUUUUCUUUAGUCAAGGGCAUGACAAUUUCUAAAAUAAAUUUAUAAAUGGCCGGAAUGAAUUUUGUUGGAAUUACAUUAAAUAUUCUUCAUACUUGAAAAGCAAUUAAAAAACCAAUAGUAUUACUAU